GAGCAGUUCCCCCGUCCAGGCAUUCAGGAUUGGAACGGAACAAUAAUUCAUUGCAACAAGAGCCAAAAACACACGCAGAGCAUUCGGUUUCCCAUCAGUGGUAUCUUCCCUCACUUCCUCGUGAAUGCUAUUACAAACUCUGACUUCAGAGCCCUUCAGCUAUGUGAUGAAACCACCAGCAGGCUCUGUCUGAAAGGUUUCAAGAAGUGUAUUUAAAUCAGAGAAUGAAACCCAACACACCCUGCCAUAAAGCCUACAGCCUGCUCCCAACACUGUAUUUCCUAGGGGACCUUUCACGGGAAGAUAAGACCAUGAGAUGCAAGCUGGGCAAGGGAAUCAGGGAACAGCCUGUAACUGCUUCUAGGAAACACCAUGUGGCCAACCCAAACAAGAGGUAAGGCAGACUGCCCUUACUAUGCCAAAGCUGAACUCCUGGCUGACUAUCUCCAGGGUAACUUGCCAGACUUCAGGGUUCACAAGAUCACUCAGCACCCUGACAAAUGGGAGCAGUGGCUUCACGACAUUUGUGCAAUGAAUGGAUGGGAACACAGAUGGUCUCCUAUUAUUUGGAGAGAACUGUUGGACCGUGGAGGGAAAGGUCUGCUUCUGGGAGGACUUAAUGAUUUUCUGGAAUAUGCUCAGCAGUAUUAUGGCAUCACCUCAAUGAUGUUGAAUGAGGAAAUGUUAGACAUAGCUGAGGAGAACCUGCGGGCACAUAUUGAAAUUGAAAAAGAGGAGGAAGAGAUUAAAGGUCUUAUCAAGCCUUUGCAGAUCUGGAUCACCAGUGCAUCAGCUCCAAUCUGUUAUCAGCUGGUCCCUGUGUUGGCAAGCGGAGAAGUUUUUGGGAUGAGCACAGAGAUCAGUAUCCAUUUGCUUGACACUGACGAGUUUAAGGAAGUUCUUUAUGGUAUUGUAAUGGAAGCUGAAGACAUGGCGUUCCCACUCCUCUGCAGUAUUUCAGAGCACACUGAAAUGGAUGAGGCUUUUAUUCAAGCUGAUAUCAUCAUUGUUCUUGAUGAUGUCCUCUUAAACUGUGAAGUCCAAUCCCAUGAGAACUACAUCAGAGAAGUGAGUGAAAUCUGUCAAGUGUAUGCUCCCCUGAUUGAGAAGAAUGCCAAGAGUGAGGUCAGAAUAAUUUCAUCGGGAAAAACCUUUGUAAACCUCAAGGCGAUGAUGAUUAUGACAUAUGGCCCAUCCAUUAAGCCCCAAAAUGUCAUUGCUAUUGCAACGUCCUGGGAAAGUGCAGCUAAAGCCAUGCUGGCCAGGAAGCUGAAUAUGAACACAGCAGGAGUUAAAGAUGUGGUUGUUUGGGGCAAUAUUACUGGCUCUAACUACAUUGAUUUGUCACAUGCAAAACUUUAUGGAUAUGACAGUGCUAUUUGGGGCCCACCUAAUUUUCCACGUCCUUUGUUGAAUAUGCUUUAUGAUAGCGAAUGGAUCCAUUCAGAAUUUCUAUCUGCACGGAGUUCACUGAGUUCCCGGGUCUCUCAUUGUGUAGGAAUGUUACCUGCUCAUGCAGUAGCCACUGUACUGAGAUAUUGGUAUCAUGACUCUCCUCCUGGGGAGAUCAUUUCUGUGGGAAUACUUUCAGAAGGUCAAUUUUGUGUUCCUGAAGGAAUUGUCUUCUCUAUGCCAGUGAGGUUCCGGAAUGGUAACUGGGAAGUCAUGACAGAAUUAGAAAUUAAUGAAACUACCCAAGAAGUUCUGGGUCGCUUAGCCCAUGAGCUGGUUCAGGAAAAGCUCAUUGCACUAAAGGAAAUUAAAGAAAUGCAGCCAUAUGGAGCUGAUAAAAUCACUAGUGAAAAAUAUUUGUGUCAAGAGAUGGAAAACUUGCCUACUGGUCCACUUUAGCCAGAGUUGUCUGGAGGAGAAAAUGCUGAAAAUUCCCAUACUAAAACAAUGUUUCCAUUGCUCAAAAGAGCUAAACUACAAAGAAAGGCUAAACAUUGUCAUAGCUUUUACAGUAUCUUCCUCAUCAAAAACCUGGAAAUAUACAGGCAAAAAAAUAUUUCAAAAUAUGUGUGAAUAUAGCAUUCUUAAUCUGGAGCAAAAUUCCUACUGACUUCAGUGAGUCUAGGAUUUCACUUAAAUCCAACAACUUAUUUCUUCAGUAAACAGUUUCAGAAACAUGGGUUAAUGUCUAAACUGUUCAUAUUUCGACAAUUUAGAGCAAUAUUGUCACACAUAGCAUAGUAGUUUUAUAACUCCAAAUUAUUUUUUCAGAUGUCAUGAGACACAGUACUUGUGUAAGUAUAUAUUCUUAGACAAAAUUGAUUUUUAACACAAAAAUUUAAGUGCAUACAUGUCCUUAGUGCCAAGAUCAUUUUUGUCUCCAUGUUUUUUUGUUUAUUUCAUGAGUUUUAUAGUGACUACUCAUAUGUUUUAAGUCAAACAUGCAAUUAAUUAAGUCUUUGCCUAAACACGAUUAUUGAGGAAAAACUUUCAUGUCUUUGGUGUCGUAAAAGACGGAGAUUGUGUUAAAUGAAACAUUAUUGUACUUGCUAAUUUUUUAUCAGAUGUGUUGAAAGCAAAAUAAAGUUUCCUUUUCUUUGAAUCAAAUACAUAUAGUUGGAAUAAAUUAAUUAUUUCUGUUCAAGUGGAGUUUCAAACUCUGAACAGGUGUAGACUGCUUCUUAGAUGAGGAAACCAAGAGGAGCUUAUUUGUUAUUUAUCAGUUGAUGUAGGCAAAAUGAGGAGGGGUGUCUCACUUUCUUAGGAGCUCAGAAAGCUGGGGUAUCACGAGG